CGACGCCUUGCAUCACAUCCACCCAUCACCAGUUGCAUGUUCAAGAUGCUCACCGCCUGGAUCGUUAGCCUGGCGCUUCUAGCGCAUGUCCACGCAGACCCCUACACGAUCCACCACCGCAUCCUUCCCUCCGGCACGUUCGUAGAGCGCGGCAGCGGCCGUGUGGAGAAUGGCACGGUAAUCUUUACGCCCACGAGCGACGCGCUUGCGCCCGGAGAAGGGUGGUACCAAGUCGGCCUGGAGACACCGGGCGGGGACAUGCUCACAACAUCGACGCGGGCGUGCUUUGCGGGCGACGAUGCGCGCCUCGUGAUCCACCUCACGCCCAGCGGCCGCCCGACAAGUAUCAGCUACACGCCGCUGCACGUGCCGAAUGACGGCAGCUGUCCUGCUGGUGGCGUGCCUGUUUCUGACUCUCCCGAGCUGCAGAUCGAGCUGGCGUUCCCCACAAGGGUGUACAGCCCUGGUCUCGCGGCACCUCCAGAAGUUGACGAGGGCGGCAAGGUCAAGGAACCAGAGCCUGAGAAGACGUUCUUGCAGAAGUACGGGCUUAUGAUUGCCGGCUUCAUGUUCGUGCUCCUCAUGAACGCUGGCGCGCCCGACCCGCCUCAGGAGGGCGGCGGCGGUGGUGGUGGCGGCGGCGGUGCAGCGAAGUAAUCUGUCAUGCAGGGGGAAGGUAUAUACAGCUAUUAACUCGCCCCGCGCAAACGCGCACUGGCGGUUGCGCGUGGAGUGUGACAGUGGCCUUUGUGUCGAGGUGCUGGCUCUCGUUUCCGAGAUGGCUGACGACCUCGGUGACGUCGCGGGAUGUGUGUAGUGCGGAUGACACUGAGCGUGCCAUGUUGAUGGUUGAUGUGUGCAGACACAGUUUGUA